AUGAAAGAAAAAAAGAAAGGAAGGAAAAAGCGAAAAUCACGUCACAAAAGAGCUCAUCAAGGACCUCUUCCAUCCUUGGAAGAACAACUCUUUGAUCAUGUGGACGACAAGGCAGAUGGUCCACAUGCAUAUACCUUAGUAAAGGAACGCAGACAACAAAGAUCCGCUCCAACAAGAACGAAGAGGACAAAAAAACAGGGUGUUGGUCACCGUGUGUGUCAUCGUACCAUUAUUGAUAUCCAUUUAGAAGUCUUAGACGAAUGUCAAAAAGGGGACACCAAACUGGUUCAGGAAGACUUUUUUGAAAUAUUGGUUCAAGAAUUUAUGGGAAGUGAUUUUAUAAAAGAAAAAAAGAUUCAAAGUUCAAAUUCCGGGUUUAGGGAGGAAGACCUAUGUUCCUAA